UGAAGAUGACGGAUUCUGCUGUCGUGGAAGGAUACGCCAGACUCAGAGAUGGGAGAAAGUGGAAGACUAGGUGGCUCGUAUUUCGCAAGCCGUCGCCUGUAGCAGACUGCCUUGUGUUAGUGGUUUUUAAAGACAAAUCAGACAAAGUCCAAGGCAACAAAGAGAGGGUGUGCGUCACAUUGGAACAGAUCUGCGGCCUGGAACCUGGAGGGUGGUAUGAAGGUGUGGCUUUUACUCUGGCCAUCUUGUGCCUGAACCAGGCGGCUCUGCUGGGCUUCGACAGCAGGGAGGCCCUGCAGGCCUGGGAGCUCCGUCUGCGGUACAGCCUUGGAGAGGUUCACAGAUUCAGUGUUGGAGUUUUACCAGGGACCAAGCUGGAGAGUGGACCUGCAAAUCUUCAUCUGUGCAACAAUCUUCUGGCCCUCGUCCGGGACUUUCCUCCUGCCAUUAUCGGCCACUGGAACCUACUGGACCUGCGCAGAUACGGACCAGUGCCAAAUGGAUUUGUGUUUGAAGGAGGAACAAGAUGUGGAUACUGGGCCGGUGUUUUUCUUCUCGCAGCUGCAGAGGGCGAGCAGAUCAGCUAUCUGUUCGACUGCAUUGUUAGAGGCAUCUGCCCCAGCAGAGGCCCAUUCGGACUGCGGGCCGUUUUACCAGAACCCAACUCAAGCCAGACAAAUUCAGAGGAGAAGCUGAACCUGGAAGCCCAGGAGCUGGAGAAGCGACUGAGCAUGCUCUCUCAUGUGAGCAGCACAGUCUCAUCCACGUACUUCCCAUCUGCUGGGGGAGACGACCGCAGCAUAUCCGGCUCCUCCGACACGUCCGACACCAGCCAGUCAGACUGCAGCAUUGGCAGCCGGCUGGCCAUUUGGACCGAACCUGCCUCAAACCCUCCAGGAAGCGUUUGUCACGUGGGCGCUAAGGUGGUGCUGCAGACUGUAGAAAAACUUUCAGCCAGCCAGGGAAAUGGGGGCCGACUUUCAGCCAAGCCGCCCCGGCAUCUUCAAGAGAUCGGCCGUCAGAGCUCUUCAGACAGCGGCAUCGCCACCGGCAGCCAUUCCUCCUACUCUGGAAGUUUCUCCUCGUACACAGGCAGCCUUGACAUCACUCCUGGGGAGGAUUUUGGCUCUGUGUUCAGUUUGCCCCCCCACUUGGCUCAAGAGCUGAGCCCUUGCAUUUGUCCUACUGCUCCUGGUCAUGUGUACCAGGUGCCAACAUCGAUUCUUCGGUAUCUCUAUGACUCUCCCAGGAGUGUUUUACAAGAAGCGAGUGGGGGUGACAAAAACAGUGAGCCCUUUAAUCUAAACUCAACUAAAGACUACCCUGUCCCUUCAGACCACCCAACAGAGUCUGUGAAGGGGGAAGCAGGUGGAGCAAUAACCGCUGAGGUUAACUUUGAAGACACAGAAAGACAAUCAGUUGCUGUACAAGCACAGGGCGUCUCAAAGGAUAGCAGGAAAACAAACGUGGUGACCUCUAGUGGCUCCUCUCAUACCUGCAGCUCCCUCACUGCCUCCAAAACUAUUGUGGCCAUCUGUUCAGUGUGUGGUGGGUUUAAGGUUAAACCAUACAUCCAAAUGGGUUCUUCAGGGAUACCAACCCUACCAGAGAAAAAGUUUAAUAGUAAAGAAGAACAGCGGAGAGCUGAUCCUGCUUAUGAGAUCAUGGAGAGUCGUGCGCCGGAGAAACACCCAGAGGCUGAAGAGAAAAGCAAAUAUGAGCUAAUGGGCAGCUACAGCCAGCAGACGUUCCUCCAAGAGGCUGAAGAGGCAGUGUUUGUUUUCCCUCCAGAGGCUGCGCCUUCUGAGAGACCUCAGAGUGAAAACGUGACAUAUGUGAAUAUUCCCAUCAGCCCAACGUCUAAGAAACAACUCAACUACAUGGAGCUGGAGCUGCAGGACCUGGGCCACAGUACCAGAGGGACUGUCGCACAUCUGCCAGCUCAAAGAAUGAGCUCCACCAAGUAUGCUCAGAUUGACAUCACUGCAACUGAGAUGGCCCACAAAGUUGGCACGCAGCACGCCCUGGGCCGGCAGGAGGGGCUGCACACUCUGGAACUGAGAAGAAAAAGGGACCCCACAUUGGCUCCACCGAAAGACUGAUCCCAGCGGGAUGUUUUUACCAUGACAGCGGACUCAAUGAAUUGGACUGUAUCUGCAUCGGUCGGAGCCAGGAAGGACUUAAUGGAAGUUGUCUUUUCUGUUUUUUUACAUCUUUUAGCACAGAUUAGGUUUAGUCCAAAGAUGACUCACGAACCCCUAAUCAGCUAUGGUUCAGCUCCAUCUAUGACGGUCCCACAUAGCAUGCGAUGUGUGUUUUAUCAUCAGUUGGGAGGACAACUUAGAUGAAGCAAUAAUCUGUUUAGUGCUAUUAGGAAAUCAGUAAUUUCUAAUGAACAGAGUUGCACAAAACUGGUUCAGAUUUGGUGUGACUGUUCAUCCAGUCUAACUCCGAGUGCUGCCGUAAUCUCACCCGUGAGAAGGAGAACCUGUCAUGGUUUCAUACUUCAACACGUUUCCUGGUGACCUGUGUUAGCCUUCUGUAACAAACUGAUGUAUUUUGUUUGAACAGAACCUCAGUGCUGCUUUCUUUCUUUUAUCUGUUCUCAUGGAGUGGGAUUUACUUUGGGAAACUGUUCAUGAAUUCUGCAGAGCUGAGAAGACUAAUGUUUGGAGAUUUUCUUUGAAAUUUUUAAAUGACAAUGAUAAUUUAAAUUUUGUGUCCUUUUAAUUUUUCCUUAUUUCUUGUGUGUACACUGACAUCUAACCCUCCCAAUAGACUGUUGUAUUGUGUUUUUUGUCAGAUAAUCUUUUAACUUUUAGAACAUAUUUAUUUUGAGGAUAACAUUUGAUACAACAUGGAGAUGUAAAGUUAAGAAAUAUGGAGAAUUAUAUUUCCUGCUUUUUAAGCUUUCUUAAUUUUUUCUUUAUAUUCUUGUGAAUUAUUUAUAACUACAGCUUUGAGUGUUUUUUAAGCAUUACAUUAUCAUUGUGUACAGCUACAGUCAGAGAUUUACAUGCACUCAUCAGGGGCAUGAAUAUCAUAUUAAUUUAGGGACUUUAAUGAUUUAUUUGAACAGUUAGUUUUCAGGAUGUAACACUGUUAAAACCUUAAAGACCUGUUGGAAGCAAAAACUGGAUUAAAUUUAUUGGUUCGUUCGUUCAUUCGUCGUCUUCCGCUUAUCCAGGACCGGGUCGCGGGGGCAGCAGACUCAGCAGAGACGCCCAGACGUCCCUCUCUCCAGACACCUCCUCCAGUUCCUCCAGGGGGAG